GAAUAUUUGUUUCUAAUUAUUUUUAGACAAUAGUGAGUUCGAGUAGAGAGAGAGUAACGUUGUUGUUCAGGACAAUGCCGAAGUUUCCUGCUUCACAACCGCGACAGCGCAAUGUCGAAGUGGUAAAGUUCUGUAGCCAGGCACCUAAGAGAUAUUCCAGACCACCCCGUCCUCGUGAGGAUGUGUCGAAGCCAGAAUCAGAUUUGGAUAUUUCCUCUAUGCAUCAGGAUAUAAGUAGUUUUGUCAGUGCCAAUUUACAAGGUCGAGACAGAUCUAAGUUCGACAAGGGAAGACUACGCCAUCUGGGUGCAGCUGAAGCAAAGCCACAGAAAAUGCCUUUCAAGAUGGCUGUUGGGAUAAAACGUGCCCGUGAGGCGCGCCAGCGGAAGGAAGAAGAGAUGGCAAGGCUUGCAGGAAACAAGCAGGUGCAAGCCAAGAGCAAGCGACGUCGCCUGAAGGAAGAAAGCAGAGGAAGAAAGAAGCAGCAUGCAAAGAAAACGCCACGCAGGAGUACGUAGCGUCUUUUCUGUUUGGAACCUCUGCUGAAGCAAACGACUUUGUAGUGGAAAGGCCAGCGGCUACAUGAAGUUGGCCAAGCGGAAAUGCAGUGCCAACAGCGACUGAGGCAGCAAACCGAGCUACCUGCCGGAAGUCACAGGAGGACUUUGAAGACCCUGGAGCUGCUGUGUGUCCCAGUACAAGUAGGAACACAAGUAACCACUGCUAACUUAGAUGAAGGUAGCAUGUAUCCUAUGUGGUUGCCGUGCCAGCCAACUCCGGCGAGUGCAAAUCAACGCCACCGUAUGCCGAUCAUCAAUAUGGCAUUAAAUAUUUUGUUUAGUGUCUGCCCUAAUCGGCAAAUGUACAGAACAAUCAAUUCAAUGGCAAUCGAAAUAAAAAGAUUCUUUUGGUGAGCAGCUAAGUCUAUUUACUGCAGUGACAGACUAGCUAAGGCUAUCAAGUGAAAGUUAUGCUAGUCAUGUGAGAAGUAUGCAAGAUAGAGAACAUGACACUAGAAUAACACUGUCAGCUGUUUCAACUGGUUAAUUAUUGCCUGUGCAAAAUGCAUGCUGGUUCUAUACGUAUGAUGGUCUGCUGUGUUUUUUUUUGCUCAUCUAUGGACGGAUUCUCAACGGUCUAUGAUAAUUUGUGUUUUUUGGUUUGUGCUUUGUUCAUCCCUUUAAAUACUAGCUUUUUUAUACAUUAGCUGACUUCCUUCAACCUAACAUCUCUGCCCUCAUUGCUGAAGCUUGUACAGACAAGUGGUGACACAAAUGA